AUGGAUCGAGUGGAUGCAACCGAUCAGCAGAUGCUCGAGUCACUCAUAAUUAAAGCCAAGCAAUCGGAUUUCGUCUAUUUGCAAUCUUUGGGGCGCAUCUCCUACCGACGUUUUCGAAUCAUUAUUGCGGAGUUCGGUGCUGAACAUGAACUGUCGUUUCAAGACAAUGAGAUUUCAAGGGCUAUUGCUCAACGCAAGCGCAGCGCCGCAUUGCCAGCAUUAUAUUCAUCUGAGGUGAUGGACAGCCCAGAACCUAGUCCCGAAGAUCUUGUCACUGCUUAUUGUCAGAUUGCUGAUCUCCACGUGUCGCAAGGUAACUAUUCUACGGCUUUUAAACUGCUUGCCGAAUCGAAAGAUAAGUUCAUUGGAAUACGUCGGGCGGCCUUGCAGUGGGUCGUGUGCCUGGAAAAAAUUUUGUAUCAUAAAUGUUUCGAGAGAGACGAGUUUUCAAAUAUUGACGCGUUGGAGACACAACUUCGUGGCAGUUGCCAAGAUGACGAACCAAUGCACACUGAUUUUGACUAUCACCGAGCUCUCUAUUUAGAAAAGAUUGACCGUUCCGAUGAGAUUUUAAUUCACUUUGAUCUGGCCAAUAGAGCAAAAGCUAUGAUCGAAAAUAUUAUGCCAGUGAUUCUUGCCGAGCAUUCAUUAUACAUGCAGUCAAUAGCACACUUUAUUUACGCCCAGUGCAUGAUUGCACGUAUUACUCUGGAUAUUAAAGCGCAACAAAAACAAUCCAUAUCGUGGGGAGAUGUUCUGGUGCCUCUAAAAAUUGCACAAAAAGGAUUCACUAGGUUAGAAUCUGUCUCUCAAUUGCUUAACGUAAUUCAAUUGAAAUCAUACAUAUAUAACGCCACGGGAGACAUCGCAAAACGCGACUUUGAGGCUAGAGAAUUUAGAAACCUGUAUGGCAUGCAAAAAGCUAACAGGCGAAAGCAACCAGAUUGGGAUAUUCCAUAUUAUGCGAGAUACAUUCAAAUACAAAAGGAACAAUUAUCCCCGUCAAAACAGGACUCUGGGGGUUGGAGGGGAGACACUCCUGAAUCUGAACUCGAGGAUAGUUCUCUCUCUACAGAUACUGACACAAUUCGGACAAUUCCGAUGGAUACCAGCAUAGCCAGCACGUCAGCGGUAAACACAUCCAUGGCUAGCACGAAUGUUGCUAUGACGAGCGCAAUCACUAUGGAUACGGAUGAUGUAUCCGAAGAUGUGGCAUUCGAAGAAUACCUAAAUUUUCCGUGA